AUGGAGGAGACCCCGCUAAAACGUCGCCGUGCAACAAUAUUGGUGACAGGACCUCAUUCGAAAACCAAGAUAUUCAACGAUGACGAUAUUAAUUCAACCGCGCAACAUGCAAAUACACAAUUCAUUCCUAGGAAUGAUUUGGUAGUUGCGAGUACUGCUAAUAGUAUCGAGGUUCUUUUGCAGAUUUUGAUGGACGAAUUCGAAUUAGUGAGGCAUAAUAUUCGCGAAAAAGGUGAAAGAAUGCGAAAUUACGUUGGUCGCCAUGUUGGAUUUGAAAGAUUUCGUCAGCUUUUGGCGCGAGUUUUUGCGAAAUUCUCAGGCGCAAAAAAAUGUUCAAGGAAUAUUCUUGAAUUUGAAAACGAUGCUGAGCUUAUCCUGAACGAGGUAUCAAACGUCACCACAUGGAAGCCUCCAAGAUACACGUUAAAUGAUAUUGAAGAAGUGUUAACGACAGAUGAUCUUGAAGACGGAAUAAUCCAGCGAAGAUCCGAAAAAUGGGAAUGUCUACCAGUACGUGUGAAACCUGAGCCUGCAGAAGAUAGUUUUUGCGAAUUCCAACGGCUCAAUGUGCCUAUGGGUAUGACGUAUGCGGAUGAUGAUGAGGAUCGUUUGAGUAUGCCGAGUACACGAACAAUUAUGACCACUGAGGAUCAAAUGGCGGCGAUUCAAAACCAGCUCGCUAUGCUUUCGAAGCAAUUAAUGAGUCUUCAGAAGACAUCAACUGGAAAAGGUGGACGAUCGUCACGAGCCAGUUCUCAUAGAGGAGGAAGGAGAAUGGAAAAGAAAUCCUCUGUUGAAAUUGUGUCCAGUUCGGAUUCAUCAGAUGAAUCCGAAGACGAAGGAAAAGGGCCAUCAUUGUGCAGCCCGUCUCACUCACUGCAGCGACGAAACUCUCCACCAUCGCAAACAGUUUCAAUUUCAUCAAGUGGAGAUCUUCCACCCGUCGCAGCGCCUACAUCGAUUCCACCACCACCUCCACCGCCACCAGUUCUUAAACAAAUCACUAUAAACAACAGCGAGAACCAAGCAAGCAUUAAGCCAAAACCACUAUCAAAAGAUCCACUUCCAAACAUUGAUACCGUUUCUUCGAAUCGUCCAUAUCUUACGGAUAUCGCUAAUGGAAGAAGCCUUCUCAAAAAAACAGCGAGAUCUCCUGGAGGAUCUCCGAUGAGUCAUGUUCGAUUGAAACGACCAGUCACUUCAUUCGAAGCUGCUCUUCGUGACCGAUUCCGUGGAUUCCACGGUGAUAAUUCUUUUUCAGAGCAGGAGGAAACGGAGGAAGAUGCUAGCGAAACUUGGGACUAA